UGUUCCAGCCGACGAGCUAGCUUUCAGCGCCUCCUGACGGGAGUGCAGUGAGUCAACUGGGGCCGCCGCUGUCGUGCUCGCCGUCAAACCGGGCGGAGUGAAGCCGCGCGCGCUCCUCGACUGUCGGCAGGAUUGACAACCGCGGAGGGGCAGGGCCAAGGAGAGCUGACGGUUAAAAAAUGCGGUUUGACGCCGGCGCGGCGCGCGGAACAAUGGGGCCGUGAAAACAGCGGCAGGUUCGGCGCGGAGGCGGGGCAUUGUUGCCGCGCGCUUGUCGCGAGCAAGGUCAUGCGAAUGUCACGAUCACGACAGUCCGCGCGUCGCUUUCGCCCGUGUCUUCACGAAACCGGUUUUGCGCAACGCCUGCACGAAACUGGAGCUUUCAUCUUCAGAUAAGGCCUACAGAUCCCGCCUUUCUGUGUACAAACAAAUGUGUAACGUAGAAACCUAAAUUUUCUUUUUUUAAUCAUGCGAUUCUUCACGUGACUGUAAUCAUAUUUACUUAAAUCAGUCUCCAAAAUGUGUCAAUGAGAAUUUAUGAGCGAAACUAAAAAUACGUAACAAAUAAUCCCAUGUAACAGCUUCAUCGCUUGAAAUAUAAAAAAAACAUUGUUUGUGACAGUCAAACCACUGAUAUAUUUAUUUUAAAAAGAAUUUAAUGAUAAGUGUUUAUUAGCGUUUGAUCUCAUUGGUGCUACUUAUUAUUUUUUUACUUGGGAAGAAACAUCACUAAUCAAACCUUACACGAAUAUGCCACAAGCUGUUAGAUGACGGUUUAAGUAGACUUUAUUCUCAAACUGUCGUGAUUUAGACAGAGGAAACGAUGCAGACUGAGACUCUGAUGCUAAAAUUGGGCCAAGUAGCGCGCAGUACCUAACCUCUGCUGACAUUCAGGUUGACUGUCUAAUGAAAUAAAACGUAAAAAAAAAAAGUUUUUGCUCUGGUAUACUCUUACCAAGACGCAGGUGUGUAAUCAGGCUGGCAGGGCAAGUGGUUCACCUUGUUGGGGCACGAGAACAGGUUCGGGCGGCAGAUUGCACAUGCUGUAGUUCCGUGUUGCGAGCCCGGGGGCUGGCUGGCGGCGACCACCUGCCCACCGCCGCGCUGAGUCACCGCGGAAGCAGCUGUCGUCACGACGCACGAGCCGGCAACCCAGUGGGAGAGGCUUGCCCACUUGAGGGCGAGCACGCGUUAUUACCGCGCCGCGCUAUUACCGCGGGACGCAAUAACUGCGCCGCGCUGUUACCGCGAAGCUCUAUCACUGCACCGCGCUAUAUUCGACCGACGCAGUAACCGCGCCACAUUAUUACCAAGAAGCCCCUUGACUUCACCGCGCUGUAGUCGCUCGAUAAAAUAACCGCGACGCGCCAUAACUUCACCGCGCUCUAGUCACUCGAUGCAAUAACCGCGAAGCGCAAUAGCUUCACCGCGCAUUAGUCGCUCGAUGCAAUAACUGCGAAGCGCCAUAACUUCACCGCACUAUAGUCGCUCGAUGCAAUAACCACGACGCGCCAUAACUUCACCGCGCUAUAGUCGCUCGAUGCAAUAACCGCGAAGCGCCAUAACUUCACCGCGCUGUAGUCGCUCGAUGCAAUAACCGCGAAGCGCCAUAACUUCACCGCGCCAUAGUCGCUCGAUGCAAUAACCGCGAAGCGCAAUAACUUCACCGCGCCAUAGUCGCUCGAUGCAAUAACCGCGUAGAGCGAUAACCGCAAAACGUCAGUAGCUCUUCCAGCGGAGCCCUCCCAGUGACCCAGGUGUCAGCACCGCCACGCGUCGCGCUAUGGACCCACAGCUGUCUGCACUGGCGCGUUCUGCGAUUUGGGUGGCGGCCCUGGCGGCGCUGCUGGCGGUGUCUGCGGCCGCGGGUAAGGGCAUGGGCGGCUGGGACGCGGACCCCAGCACGCAGUACCACAUCCAGACGGACGAGGGCGACGAGCGCUACUUCCGCUACCAGACCACCUCGGGCCAGUACCGCAAGGAGAAGCGACUUGCGGACGGCACCGUGGUCGGCACGUACGGCUGGGUCGACCCCAACGGCUACCUGCGGCUGCGCGACUACGUGGCCGACAACAGCGGCUACAAGGUGGUGCGCACCAAGAUGGUGUACGUGGGCAAGGACUCUGGCGCCACGACGGCCCUGCCCGCCGCCCCGGAGACCACGAGCUCCGCCCCCGCGCUCGGGGACCCCUACUCGCUGCAGCUGCCGCCCGUCGCGUCCAACGACAUCUCGCCGCCGCAGAAGCCGCAAGCCGCCGGCCCCAACACCUUCCUCUACACCAGCAGCAACCCCUACUUCUCGAUCGCGAGCGACCGCAACUUCGGCAACGCCCUGACCAGCGGCGACUACCACACCCCGGAGGCGAGCGCGAGCAUCCAGAGCUACCAGAACUACCAGAACUACCAGCAGCACCCCUUGUACGACGGCAUCGCGACCACGCACAACGGGUUCCGCUACUACCUGCCGCGGCACUACCACGAGGAGGAGAACUCCGGAGGGCAGACGCGGGCCGGCAGCUUCGGCUACGUCGACCCGUUCGGCAUCCGGAGAGUGGUGUACUACAACACGUCCCCGGACACGGGCUUCGUGCACAGGAAGAACAACAGGUACGUGGGCUUCAACGCCGCGCCGUACGACCCGCGGCUCUGAAGACGAGUGACUGUGCGAUCCGCUGUGCGAAUAUACGUGACUCCAUCACCCGCGGAGAGGCAAUCCGUCAGUGUUUAACACAGAGAAAAAAAACUCUUCGCGGCUCGAAGAUGAUUUCAAUCAAACAAACUAUACGUAUCGUGGUAUAUCUGUAACACAACCAUUUAGCGUAGUCUAUGUAGAUAUCAUUUCAGGUUACCUAAAUUCCUGAAGAAAAAAAAACUGAAAAAAAUUUUCAACUGCCGACGUAACUAAUGAGUUUUAGAAAUAAAAACAUUUCGAUGUUUUUUUUAUCAGUGUCGCCUAACAACUCACAAACCUACGCGGUAUUAAGUGAUUUUAGUGGUAUUUUAAACAUUCCAGUCAUCUUAAAAUUGUGGUAGAAAAAAAAUUGAUAGGGUGAAAAUAGCACUUCCAUGUUUCAAAUAUAUUUUCUUUGGUUUCUGAGCUUUUCACAUUUUUGUUAAGAUGACACAGGAAAAAAAUAUAUAUAUGUUUAACUAAAUAAACUAAAUUACAGGUACGGUAACUGUUCUCUUUACCUGCUCAGUUAAGUGAACAGCAAAGAUAUGAACUGGGUAUCAUAAAGUUCUGACAAAUUCCAAAACAUUUUUUCAGAACUAAAUAAUUUACUUAAUUUACUAUUUUUAUGCCAGUUACGUUUAGAAGAAAACUACAAAAUGGUUCCUACACACGGGUUCAGAAAAAAUCUUAUUUUUUGUGUCAUGUAGCCUAUUCAUAAUAUACAAGUUUGGUCAUAAAGUCCACUUUCACUUUAUAUAUUUCGUUAAUUCAAAGAUUAAUUGGAACAUGUAACUUAAAUCUAGGUAAAUUUGUUUAAAUUUUAGCAGAGUUUAGGGAGAAACAUACAUUAUUAAAAAUCAUUACUGAAUUUACCUGGCUUAGUAAUAAUAAUUUUUGUCUAAACCCUAAAAUAAAAAGUAAUGACUAAUAAUUACGGCUUUCAAAAUAAAUACAUUAGCUUGGAUAUUCUUGUUUGUCACUCUUAAAUUUUUAAGAGUGUUUGAUAACAUGUAUUUUAAACAUUAAAAAUAUCAUAUUUUAACGAUAAGAAAAUGGAUACUAGUAAAAUAUUCUAGCAAAUAUAUAUUGUUAAUAUUUUUAUGAAGAUUCUAUGUUGUCUAUGCAUGUCCUUGUGUAUUUAUGUGUAUGGUUUUGUAUAGCUAACCAUGUUUUGUAUACAGAAAUAAAUGGUUGUAUGAUAAAUUA